AUGGAAUAUCCACGUUUUACCUUCAAUCCAAAGGAAGGGAUUGAUAAUCCAGCGCUGGUUAUCACUGAUGACCUUGAGCCUGAUCUGAGCCCUGUGCCCAGACUGUGUCAGCUGAAGCGUCUGGAGGGGCAAAGAUUUGGCUUCCACCUGCGAAUGGACCAGAGCAGCCAGGGCAUUGAGGUCAGAGGUGUGGAGCCAUGGAGUCCUGCAGAGCACAGUGGCCUCAGAGAUGGAGACCGAGUGCUAGAGGUCAAUGAGGAGUAUGUGGACAACAUGACCUUCAACAGGGUGGUGAGGAAGAUCCAGUUCUGUGGCGUAGACUUGUUCCUCCUGGUGUUGAGGAGGGAAGAGUAUGAACAGGCAAUAUCAGUUGGUGUAGACCUGCAGACACUAGCCAAGGCCUCUAAAGGGGACUGCUGGUCCAGACCAAGACUUUGUCACAUCAGCAGGCCCCCACAGCAUGGACUGGGGAUGAGCAUUGUCUCUGUGGAAGGUCAGAGGGGCCAGUACAUUGUGAGGACCGUGACUGACGGCCCAGCAGAGAAAGCUGGUGUGUGCAAUGGAGACAGACUGAUCUGGAUCAAUGGAGUCAUGGUGUCAUCACUCACACACUCCACUCUAAACAGAACUGUCAAGAAGAGUGGGGACUCGGUGACAGUGCUGGUCAUUGACACUGAUGGUGAGUCUUGUAAUGUCAGGAGGAAGAUGCCUAUCUUACCUGUGGUGGCAGAAUGCUGCAGCCUCCCUCACACUGCCAAAACCAUGCAUCUGCUUAAAGGACGCUUUGGAUACGGCUUCCUGCUUAGACAAGAGAAGCUUGCAGAAACACGCAUAGUUCAUGUGCUGAGGGAGGUGGAUGUGGGAAGUCCAGCUGAGGGGGCAGGGAUGGAAGAUGGAGACCUGCUGCUGGCUGUCAAUGGGAAACCUGUUGAAUCUAUGGAGCAUGAGGACAUAGUCAAAGAGAUUAGACAGAGUGGUGAUGAAGUCACACUCACCUCCAUAUCUAUACCAGGAAGAGACUUUUACAGAAACGCAUUUCUCCCCUGCUUUUCCAUGACAAAUGUACACUCCAGGAUGAUAGGCAGCACACACUGUGUGUUCAGGAGAGAGAGGAGACAGGCUCUGCUUUCCUCUCAGACUGUGUCCAGAUCAGUCAGGAACUUUAAGCACACAGCUGUUUGGAAAAUUUAACACUCUGGGCUUCAGUGCACCGCUCUGCAAGUGGAUACAGGACUUCCCCACAUGCAGACCUCAGAGAGUUCAAGUUGGCAGUCACACCUCCUCUACAUUAGUGCUCAACACCGGA